UCUUAUUCUUUUCAUUUUAAUAUCUUGAUCGUGUCUUGCUUGGCUAUUUUUCUUUUAAUUACAGAAAAGAAAGAAUCGUCAAAAUUACACCUUAUCUGAAAAAGAAACUUGCAGUAGUAGUGCCUCUUGCUACUGCUCCUGCUGCUGCUGUUACUACGACAAACCAUCUGACGAAUGCCAGCAACAACUACAACAACUACAACAAUAGUAAUAACAGCAUGAACGCCACAACAUCUUCAGGAACAACAGUCUGCGCAACAGUGACAGCCACUAGCCCUACAGCAAAGAUGUUGCUGACGGGUAAAAAAAAGGACGACAACAGCAAUAAAAAGAAAAAGACGGCUAACAAAAACCCAACCGUCAGCAACACAAAGCCAAGUACUACCGUAAAAAAGGCACCAUGGCGUGUACCUGGCAGUCAUUUCGAAAUCCCAGACAUUAUUAAAGAAGCUUGGGAUAGGAAUAAACAUAAAAUCACUCAAAAACUGCAGCCAAAAAAGAACAAUGACAACCCCAUCCACACAGAUACCAAGAAACAAAAUACGCAUUAUAAAACACAACAACAGACGUCCGUCUCACCUUCGUUCAUGGCAACACAGGCCCGUAAAAGCAACAAAAAGAGCACCACGACCACAGCCACAGCCAAGAAAGCCAAGCCAUCCUCGUCACCGUCGACCAACACCCGUCGACCCUUGCAGCCAUGUCAGAAAGCCAAAGGAAACAAUCACCGACCUACUUGGAUACCUGUAGGCAAAACACCAAGCAUUUUCCCUAUGCCUCCGCCCCUCUUAAAACCCUGCACCCAGACACCCUUCUCCUCCACUUCAAAAUCGCGACAUCCAACUACCACUACGACUAAAUAUAAGCAACCUUCUGACGAUGAUGACAUUGUAUCGGAUGAUACAGACCAUGCUGUCUUUUUAAGAAAGCUUUAUAAAGUACUUCCAAAAUCAAAACGUAUGCUCAUGCAUCCCGUCUGUAGAUACGAAGGUCAUGGCACCGUGGGUAGUGGGGCCAACGGUGACGUUGUUCGUGCUAUGGUCAAACCGUCCUUUGUCGUCGAUCAUCUCUCUUCAGCAUUAGAGAAUCGUGUUCCCAUCAACGCCAACAUCAUGGCAGCAGCAGCAGCACCCUUACCUGCCAUUCAAUCCCCUGUCACGACACCUCCUCCGCCUGCUAUCUCGUCGCUUGUAGCCAUUAAACGUUGCUUUAUUGAAGACGAGGACGUUCAACACCACGCCUUUAUCCUGCGCGAAAUCAAAAUCAUGAGCCAUUUCCGCCAUCCCAACUUGGUUCAUCUCAGAGAAGCCGGUCUUUAUGACGAUCAUCUCUUUAUGUGUAUGGAGUUGAUGACCUGUUCCGUCUUUAGUCUGUUGGUGCAAUGCCAGAAUAGCGGACUAUCAGAGCCUAUUGCUGUUCGCAUUGGGCGAGAGUGUUUGGAAGGUAUUGCGUACCUUCAUUCCAAGAAUUACAUGCAUCGUGACAUCAAGUCUGAAAAUAUCUUGGUCAACACGCUGGGUGAAGUCAAACUUGCUGAUUUCGGUCUUGCAGCCUCCACCAACAGAAUCAAUCAUGCUCGAUUAGGCACGGCCAAAUGGAUGGCGCCAGAAGUCGUGGAUGGCAAGUCCUACAAAGCCAACGUCGAUGUGUGGUCGCUAGGUAUUACGAUGAUUGAGAUGAUGGACCGCGUUCCUCCUCUUUACCAUCUGGACGAUCCUGCGAAAAUCUAUCCUGAAGUCACGAACCCUGAACACGAGCCCGAUUUCAGUUUCGCAACACCCACAGCACCCCUUCGCAGUCUUGUGGAGUGGAUGCUGGUAAGAGAUCCUCAUGCUCGUCCCUCUUCCAAGGUGGUAUUGAGGAAAUUCAAUCAACAGCUGAGAUCAGGCGCAUUGUAUUCUAUCUCACAAGACGAACUUGCUUAUUUGAUGCGUCAUGCAUUCCCUUCUGCUCUUGUUUAACUCAUUCCUCCUUGAGCCCAUUGACCAAAACCCCAUAUCCAACCCAAAAAGAGAAUUUUUCAUUCAUUUAUCAUCGUAUACCAAAAAUUGCCCAGACAUUCGUACUUUCACCAACCCCCCCCACCCUUUCAUCUAUCCUCCUUUCAAGACCUAUUGACGUUCAUUUUUCUUCCGUUAUUCUUAUUGUAUAUCGUCGCCACAAAAGAGAGACUCUACCUUCUCUUUCACACCGUUUGCUGUACAUCUUUCAUUUUUACCAUUUUGUUAUUACUAGUGUUUCUAAUUAUUUAUUUAUUUAAUGUUAACAAGGAAAAAGUUAACCGCCCCGCUUUUGCUUCUUUGGAAUAAUAUACCUAUCGCUUGAUUUUAUCAAUAAAGAAAAAAAAAAUAACCAUUGUAUAAAAAUCCCAAUGGACCUGUGUCAGAUG